UCUGUUGCAUGGUGUAUGUGUGUGUGUGUAUGUGUGUUGUAUGUAUGUAUGUAUAUAAAAUCUUGCAGCGUAGGAUGUAGAAUCAGUCGUAGCAAUAGAAGGAUAACAUGAGGCCUGCGGUCCUGUCGAGCCUGCUGGCCCUACUGUGUCAGUACGCACUGGUUAACAGCCACAUAUUGGGAAGGGCCUCUUCGACCAGUGACCUUGCUCAGCUCAAGUCUUUACUGGAGCGCUUUGAGGAGACUCUGGCUGAAGCAGCCCAGGAGGAGGACUCUGAGGCGAAUUAUGAAGCGACGAACCAAGAGUCUGAGCGCAGCCAGGCCAGGCCAGGAUGGAACCUGGACCAGGACGGGGACCAGGAACCUCUGAAAUUAGAAAGAUUUCAACCACCAGCAGAGGGCCACAGCAAGCCCACGAGUCCGAGGAGUCGUCUGCAGGACCUGCUGAUGACCACCAGGAAACGGGCCUCCAGCUGCUUUGGCGCCAGAAUGGAUCGAAUAGGAAACGCCAGCGGCCUGGGAUGCAACAGUGGAAGAGGAUAGACCUGGGACACGUUGGCUUACACUUCCAUCUUCAACUGAAGACGCAGCCAGAGCAAUUGGAUCCGUAUGGUUUUGCCUUAGUGACAGUUUGAGUGUUUGAUUUUCUGUGACAGCUGCAUGCAGGUUCCUGAACAAAGAUAAAUAAACUAGUCUUUCCUGUGAA